UCCCGGGCCCGCCUCCCAUAUAAUGCUCUGCGGAUGCCUCGCUUCCGCCUCUUUCUCGUGAGUCGUCUCUUUCUGUGGCUGGGCAUUAUAUGGUGACUCUCCUGGAUAAUGGACUUGCUACACAUGCAUCUUGAGAAGUGUGGAAAUGGAUUGUAACUUGUGUAAAGGCUCUUACAGAUGCCCGGUACUGUGGCUCCGCUGUCCAGUCGGGGCGGUGGAUAUGAUCUAGAUAUCUUUACGGAGAAUCCAGAUGAUGAUCUCCUGUGCUCGAUAUGCCAUGGUGUACUGAGGUGCCCCGUCAUGGUAUCCUGCGGGCACAUCUUCUGCAGGAAGUGUAUCUUACAGUGGCUGAAAAGGCAGCAGACCUGUCCGUGCUGUAGGACGGAGGUGAAGGGGAAGCUGUUUGUACCAAUGCACAAACUGAAGAGAAAAAUCAACCGUCUGCAAGUGAAGUGUCCUAAUGAGCAGAAUGGCUGCCCGGCCCUCUUUCCUCUGUCAAGGAGCGUAGAACAUGGUGAAACCUGUGCGUUUGGCUUGGUGGCUUGUUCCAAUGACGGCUGUCCGGCCCUGGUCUUGCGGAAGAACAUGUGUGACCACAGCCAGACCUGCGAGUAUUGGAGCGAAUUGUGCCACAUGGGAUGUGGAACCUUGCUCAGUCCUGCAAACCGGGAUGAGCACAACUGCUAUAUAGAAUUUAGAGAGACUUACAGGAAACAGCUGCACAAGCUCCGCCAGAAAGCCAGACGGAUUGAGAGUCUUUCCUCGCAGAUGGGCCGACAGAUACAGCUGCUCAGUGAAGGUUUAGAUGGCGUUCCUGCCUCCGUUAGUACAGACCAGGUAGAAUAACAAAGAGAAAGUGCUGCACGACUUAACUAGCAGCCAGCCAGUGCCAAGAGACUUCAUCGCUAGGAAGUUUACAGUUUAUAUUUAUUAAUCAAUUGCAGUGAUUCUCUUUUUAUUUAUCUGAGUGCAAAUAUAUUUUGAGAUUGCAAAUGACCACACAUUGGCCCUCAUUCCGAGUUGUUCGCUCGCUAGCUGCUUUUACCAGCCGUGCAAAUGCUAAGCCGACGCCCUCUGGGAGUGUAUUUUAGCUUAGCAGAAGUGCGAACGAAAGGAUCGCAGCGCUGCUACAACAAAAGAUUGUGCAGUUUCUGAGCAGCUCCAGACCUGCUCCUAGCUUGCGAUCACUUCAGACUGUUUAGUUCCUGUUUUUACGUUACGAACACGCCCCCUGCAUUCGGCCAGCCACGCCUGCGUUUCCCCAGGCACGCCCGCGUUUGUAUCUGACACACCUGCGUUUUUACACACACUCCCCGAAAACGGUCAGUUACCUCCCAGAAACACCCACUUCCUGUCAAUCACUCUGCGGCCAGCAGUGCGAUUGAAAAGCGUCGCUAGACCUUGUGUGAAACUGCAUUGGCUGUUGUGAAAGUAUGGCGCGCGUGCACAUUGCACUGCAUACACAUGCGCAGAAGUGCCGCUUUUUUACCUGUUCGCUGCGCUGUGAACGAAAACAGCUAGCGAACUCGGAAUGACCCACAUUGUUAUUAUGAUUAUUAUUAUUUGCAGAAAAGUUAUUUUUAAUUUGAAUAACCUGAUGAUGUAAAUAUUUUUUUAAUAAAUACAUUGGUUAUUUCUUUUGCAUUGGGUCCACCAAAGUCUGUGUCGCAUUAUAAAUUUAGCAAAUCAGAUGUCUAACAAACCUUGAAGCGUUUAUGUUUUUUUGAGGGUCGUUUUAAAAUAGGUGCACAGUGGGAAUGUAGAGGUUAUAGGUUAUUUCGCCAUGCACCUCUGGCACAGUCCUCUGAGCGCACAGCUAGCCAACUAACGCACUCCGUCACGAGCGGCGUAACGUGAGUGGACAGUCUUUAUUGCCGCAAAGCUCUUUGCCCUAUCCGAAUGUCUCUCUUGAGUCCUUAACUGACAACAUUCUUGACUUAAAGCAGGGGACUGAUUGUGCUGGUUUAAGGACCCAGGAGCCGGAAGCUGCAGCAAGUGAAUUGGGGGACACCUGAGUAACCGGGACUUGUGGUGACUAUACUCCUGAAUUACGUUUUGCAGUAUCUCCCUUUCCGGAGGGAUCUUCAGCACAUCAAUGCUAUAUGCUUUUUUUUUUAAAUCAGUGUUUGUGAGUGUGUUUUAUUAAAUUUCAUUUAAAACUA